AUGAAUUGGUUUAUUUGUCCGUGAUGUCUCUGCUAUAUAAAUGUUAUCAUGUGUGAGGAGGAGCUGGAGAAACAUCAUGAGAUGUGUCGAUGACACCCUGAAAUAAAGACACGCACUGAAUGUGUGAGGAAAUGAGUUCUGCUCUGAUUCACGAUAAAUUAUUUAUCAAGACGUUCUGGGAGCAGAAGAUCGACCAUCACACCAGCAUGACAGAAGCUGAGGAGCAGAGGAGGAAGAGCAGCGCUCUCACAAAGCUUCGUGACGAGUGGCUGAAGAGACUGGAAAACCGGACGAAACAUCUGAAGAAUUUUGGUGACAACCGCAGCCCGAGCGUAUCAACCACGUGAUGAACGCGUGACACACAGAUGAUCUGAAGUCAAUAAAGACACACAUGAUAUGAA